GCUCUGGGUUUCCCUGCAAUGUCGCAACACCUUAAAGUUGUGGAGUUUUCUUCUUGAUACAUUUUCAAGUUGUAAAAAGUUGAAGGUUCUGUACAACCGAAAGGCUUUUUUUCUGAAGACUUUACACUUACAGGGGUGAUUAUAAAAAGCGACAUUCUUUGGCGCGAUUUUUUUCGUCUACUUUUGCAAUGAGCGUCGAUGGUUGGUUGAUGGUCUCCGGGCAGCGCGCAUAUCGGAGCUGUGACCCGGUGUAUAAAAACAGACGCGCGGGCCGCACUUCCCCAGUUACUAGAACGGAGUACACCUACAGCACCUCGAGAGUUGAAGCCGUCUUGCCGGUGGGGAGCACGCACCGCACGCACCUAACGCACCGCAUCACCGCGGUGUUCAAGUUGUUGCUACUAUAGGCAGAGAAUGUACAUGUACAGUACAUGUACAUGCAUAUGUAGAACUACGUGUAUAUUAUAAGCCAUAGAGACAGGACACAGCCUCGGACUAAAGCGAAUCAAACUCCUUCAACUUGCCCUUGGACCGAGACGACGGAAAACACUUGCGGCGAAAGUACAAUUCACUUCGAUUGUUUUUGCGAGUCAGGAUAUCGAGUCACUAGUCACCGUAGUGAGAACUGUUUCACAGAUUCUGAACUGUUUCAUUGCUCAUUUUGGGUCGGUUCUUUGGACAUAACCGUUUCAUCCGGAGACGAGGACUGAUUGUUGGACGUAAGAGAGAUGGAGACCAGCAGCAGCAGAUCAGGCAGUCGAACGAGGCACACUGAAAAAGAGUGCAGAGUUGAAGUGGACAAGGAUUCAACCUUUGCCAAGGAUGUCCUCAAGCACCUUGCUGACCCCUUGCCGUACAGGCAUCUGGACUGGGAAAGGAGGUGGAAGCUCCACGCAGUCACACAGGUCAAUGAUGACAGUGCUCAGCGGAGGUUCAAAGACAAGAAACUCCAACUUGAACGGGAGCGAUCAAAUAAGCAAUCUGAGUGUUUCGCAUUCGGACUUACGGAGUGGCAGUACGAGGCCAACCGUAUCUGCGAUGGAGACAUCAGAUACCAGAAGUUGGAUUGUCCACUUGGUAGAGUGGGCCAAGGAAUCAACGCUUGCCUUUAUCCAGCUGUUCUUCUUCAGUGGGCAGAAGAGAAGAACUUCAAGCAGCCGUGUAUCAUCGUCUACAAGGUCGCGAAAGGUCAUGGCAGGGUAGUCCCUGCAAGAUCUUCACGGGAAAUUCCAUUUUCGGAACCAUCGAGAGAAGUGGAUCAUUUCAUUUCUGCCGGCAUGCCAGACUCUCGUGAACCAACCAGCAAGCAGCUGAGUAAAUCACAGAUCUACCUGUUUGAGUUUGACGAGCAGUCACGUUUACGUAAGCCGCCAAGACACUGCCUGCCGUAUGCAGUUGUUUCUCUGACACUCAGAGAACUGACAACCAGUCCAUCGCCAAACGCCGGCACCGUGCCACCUGUCAGAUCAACAGGGACAUCGAGACAGGACACGGGUCGGGAGAAGAGCAAACACCGACGGAGAAGAUCAGACAAACGGGAGAGACACUCCACCUCACUGGGUGCCAGUUCCAAAACUGCCGUGCAGCCAAGACCCCCACCAACCUCAUCAGUCGGUGAAACUCGUAAACAGUCUUCCUCCAUUGAGAGGUUCAACUCGUCCUCAAAAAACUGCAUCGCUGAAACUUCCGAUGGAAUCGAUGACAGCAGCUCAGUAGCAGCAUCAACGACCGGAACGAGUCAUUUGGAGUUAGAACAACCAGGCACUUCAAGAAAUGAGUCUGCAAGAUGCCUCCCGAUUGGGAGAGAAUCCACUCUAGAGCAGUUGAGAGAAGAAACACGCCAGAGGGAAGAGAAGCUGCGAUCGUUGCAAAUUGAAAGGACGAACAACGCGAUGCUAGGUUUCGGGAUAACAUCAGAGCCUCACCAAUCACUACCCAAUGCUUCUCAGGCAUCCCCGCCUAAAAGUACAAGCUUUGCAAAAGACACCAGAGUGGUUUUACGAGCAGAGCAAUAUAACAAACCAAUCCGAAAGCGGGCUGUUAAAGAUGGAGAAGGUUCAUUUAAUUUGGAGCCUACUAAAAUCCGUCGCUUUAACAAAGACAGUGACUUCAUCCCAGACGGUACUAACAGCUCCUUGAAUGAUUCAACCUGCGAUCUGGCAUUCACUGGCAAUUCUUACAAAGUCGGGAAGGCAUCACCCGCAGAAUUAGUCGCAGACCCUGACUCCGAGGCCAUAGAGAACAUUGUGCCCGGUGCGGAUAAAAUGGAGAUGCAUGAUAUAGACGGUGAUGAGUGUUCAUGGCCUGAGCCAUAUCAACAACAGCCUUAUCUAGCACAGAAUUUAAACGAAGCAUCAAACCAAAGGAACGUUCUUGUCACCCCUCUAAACCUGAACGAGGCACAUUUCAAUAUAUCUGGUGAACCUGUUACCUACUCAAAUAUUAACCAUUCACCUGACCAAACGAGUGUUGUACCUGCUACCUGGUCAAACGUAACAGAGACAGGUGAGAUGAAUGCUCAGCCUGUAACCUGGUCAAACUUUGAAGAUCUCAGUCACGUCCAGCUAUCCCAAGUAAAUACGCCGUCAAUCGGGACGUACAACGUCUCUUCCUGUGGUGAUGACACUGGCGUGGAAACUAACACCUCAGCUUUCCCACCUACUUAUAAUUAUGCCAAUGACUUUAGGCAGAAGCUGGAGCAGAGGAUGACUCCUGAAGCAGUGGAAUUGGUUAUGAACGAUCCGAAUUUCGUGCAAGAUGUAACCGCUUUUCGUAAUGAUCAUUACAGCCCAGCAGCCCCACUUGUCAACAUGGACGCUCCUGUUUCGCCGCCUGACGAAGAUCAGAGGGACAUAAACGAGGACCUCAUUGGUACAGAGGUCGCACGCUAUUUGUCACUCGUUCGCCAGCAGUCAGCUCCGUCUUCAGAUGGAAAACCUGGAAAUGAAAAUUUCCAAUCAGGUGUAUCUCCCGAUGACAAUCAAGGGCUGGAGCUUACCAGCCAACCUCAUCCAGUCGAUCCAAGGCCUGCAUUGUCUGCAUUAGGGAGGAAGAUAGAGGUGAACCUCAAGCGUGUUUCGUGGAGCGUUGACAAGUUUACGGUAUCAGAAAGUAGACACUUAUUUUCAUUUUCCUUCUCAAAGGAAGGCCGUAAGACAAGACGCGACAGCGUUAAGGAUCCGAAACGCAAAGAUACGUCCACACCAUAGCUAUAUUAAAUGAUGAUGGAUGUGCCCGGCAUCACCGAGUCAACGCUCUAGUAAUUUAAUAUGGCCCCAUAUGGUUCCCACCGAUAUCCCAAAUGAACAAUAAUCUUGAUAACUCCGCAGUAUACCUAAUUAAGACAUAUUUUUCUUUUCAUUUUUCACCACGAAAGGCACAGAAACUAGCCCCCAAAAUGUA